AUGCUUAUAGCGAAUACAAUCGCUGUCGUGGCAGACAAAAUCUUUACCUUGCCACUUGAAAAUAUUGACGCUUCUCAUGCAUGGUUUGGCUUGUUGGCAUAUUCACUUCAAAUUUAUUUUGAUUUCACAGGUUAUUCUGACAUGGCAAUUGGUCUUGCUAGUAUGUUUGGCAUUCGAUUUCUUGAGAAUUUCAACUAUCCAUAUGUAUCUCGAUCAAUCAGAGAAUUUUGGAGACGAUGGCAUAUUUCACUUUCAAAUUGGUUUGGUGAUUACCUAUAUAUUUCACUUGGUGGUAAUCGCGUCUCUGAAUGCCGAGUCUAUUUUAAUCUCCUGACUGUUUUUUUGCUCUGUGGUCUGUGGCACGGUGCCAGUUGGAAUUUUAUCAUUUGGGGUCUAUUCCAUGGAGCAUUCUUAGUAUUAGAACGCACUAUACUAUUCACAUAUGUACUAAAAAUAUUGCCGAGAGCUUUCCAACAUUUUUAUACACAGACUAUAAUAUCAUUCGGAUGGGUGUUUUUCCGGUCAUCUACUCUAAAGCAUUCUAUUGGCUUUACUAAAACUCUACUCGGAUUACAGUUACACCACAAUCGCAAGAAUAUUCCGAUACAGCAAUAUCUGGACAAAAAAGUUGUUAUAGUAAUAGGUUUUGCUAUAUUAGGGUCAUCUGGUAUUCUUUCUACAUUGAUUCGUCUCCUGAAAGAUGUUCCCAGUCGUAUUUUAAACAAGCACGCUCAAAUGCUUGCGCAAUUAGUUCUGACCUUGUUCUGGAUAGUCGUAUUUGUAAGCAUUUUUCUACUCUCUAUUAUGGCUAUUGCAAGUGGACACUAUAAUCCAUUUAUUUAUUUUAGAUUUUAA